AUGUCGAGCCAACCCUCCAUCAUCUUCCCCACACACUUCGCACCAGGCACAACCGAUAACUUCGUCUCCAACGAAAUCAUCGCCAAAGACAUAACCGCAGCCCAAAUCUGGGAGCAGCUAGCCGACAUUUCCCAAUGGGAAUCGUACUACAAGAACUGCGCGCACAUCACCGUUCCAGACGAGGGCGCGCAGCUGGAAAAGGGCCGCGUGUUCAAGUUCAGCACGUUUGGGUUUCCCCCGCUGGCUUGCAGCGUCGCCGAGAGCGUUGAGCCGAGUCGAAGCCAGGAGGGCCGUUUGGCGUGGAAGAGUAGGACGCCUGAGGGUUUGGAGGUUUAUCAUGCGUGGCUGGUGCAGGAUCUUGAUGGUGGGAGGGUGCGGGUGUUGACGCAGGAGAGCCAGAUUGGGCCGGUGUUUGCCGAGUGGAGCGUGCAGAAGCCGAAUAAGAUGCUGCUGGGCCACCAGGACUGGUUGGAUGGCCUGGUGAGCAAGAUCCGGGGUGAGCAGAUUGGUGAGACGAAUCUGGAGAAGAUUGACUUUCCGGUUAGACAGUUGGGUGAGAAGGAGGUCAGGAAGGCUGCUUGA